CUUGGAGUUAUGGUCGAGACAGUUUUAAUGAUUAUCCGCUUCCAGAGAAAUAGGUUGACGUCAGGAAUCCUGACGUGAGUUUACCAAACUUGCUCCCUGUGGAAAAAAAAGGAGGAAACGCUAUUAGAAAGUAGAUGAAAACACAUCAAAACAAAGCAAUGUGUUGGUGGAUAAAAGGCGAAGCUGCCGUGUUGCCCCUAUCGCAUUAAUUGCUCCAGGCUGCUACACACAGAACACACACACACGAGGCAGCUCCGGUUGUGACAACUUCAACAGUGUCCCCCACCAGAUUUCUCCCAGAACUGGCUGCUCGGGACCACUUAGUGAUGGAUUUCAAACUGUCUCCGCGCUGUGCAGCAGGAUCUCUUUUAAUCCUUGUUUUCACUGGGGCAGUGGAAAAAAUGACUGAAUUGGAGAUACAGAUCAAUGCAAACCCCCCGGCUGUGGCGUUUGGAGACUCUUUGGUGGUGAACUGCAGUACACCAUGUGCAGCACCUCACAUAGUAAUUGAAGGAUCAAGAAAUAAUCCAAAAAUAGAAAGUGAUCAGUGGGUCUGGAUUAAUUUCACAAGUAUCCAGUCGUGGUCUUUCUCAGUAAUAUGUUACAUAGAAUGCUCAUCACAGCAUGACAGAAUAUCAGAACAGAUAACUGUAUACGAUCGAGAGAUAAACAUUACAUUGCUCCCUGAAGUGCUGGAGGUUAACAGAAGAUAUAGUCUGGAGUGCAUUGGACCAAGAGUCUAUCCAAACAACAAACUCAUUCUCACAUGGAUGAGAGGGAGUGAGAUUGUUCAGAGAAGUUCUACAGAAGAACCAGGUCUUCCGGAUGAAGAUAACAGGUUGAGAAAUGUCUUCAAUUUCACCGCAAGUCUGUCAGAUGAUGGACAGGAGUACACCUGCUUGGCUGAAGUGGACUUGGGCUCUAACACCACAAUGUCAAUUACAAACUCCUCUGUCACUCUGCAAACCUACUAUAAACCAAUAAUUACAGCUCUAUUAGCAAAUAACAAAAGUAUCACCGAGUCUCCAGUCUAUUUCAGCCAAGGUGACACUAUUAUAUUACAAUGUGACAGCCAAGGAAAUCCACAGCCAACAGUGAAAUGGGAAAAGCCCAAACAAAGCAAUAUUGUGAUUAAUCCUCCAGGAGUCCUCCGUAUUUCUGAUGCUACAAUCAAAAAUACUGGAGUAUAUAAAUGUUCAGCUGUUAAUCAACUUGGAGCUGAAGAGAAGAUCAUGGACGUCAGAAUCCAAAGUGAGUCAAUAAUCUCAAAGAUAAUUCAUUAAAUUAUUUAACUUCACUGUAAAACCCAUGGUGUAAAUCUCUACUUCAGAGAAAAAAAACCUGACGUUUUGGCCUCUCUAACACCAGAGAUGAAAGAUCAGACAAAACCUUUUCUCAGGUCACUUUUGUUUCAUUCCAACUACCAACAUAUUCAAAAGUUCAUCCUCUCACAACUCCACUUACACAGUAGGGAAGAAAAAGUCCAUGUACUGCUAGGAAGAAAUGAAUAGUUGCAGGCCUUUGUGGGAACGUUUGGAAAAGUGGCUGGAAGCUUGAUCAUAGAGAGGACUUUCGUAGACAGACUGAGAGAUUUCAGGAAGUGAGAGAAAGUGAAAGAAUUCCUAACCAAGUACAAACAGACCACGAUAUUAC